AGGAAGGUUGAGAACCGCUGUGUUAGAGGGACUCGCUUCAGCUGCUGUGCAGACAGCGGACUGCAGGGCGGGUGUCAGUCAGCAAAGCAGAAACCACUCUCGGAAUCCCAGACAAGAGGAAUCAGAUCCAGGAAAGGAACGGAACUCACAGGGGACGGCGAGGCCACCCAACGAUGAGCAACAGUGGAAGCUGCUACCACUCUGAGGUUGGAUCGAUCCUGGAGGGAAAUGGUAUCCAGUGUCCGGGGCCAGGGCCACCCGCAGGCGCCAGAACCACAGAGAGGGCUGCCCGAAGGAGCGAGGUGGGGAGGCCCAGCAGAGCCAGAGCGCGAGCGGAGUACGCUGGCUCCUCCCGCCUCCCACCCUCCACUGUCCUGCUCUGGACUCCAGCUCCUGCCUGCUCUGGGCCCCUCACAGCACAGCCUCCAGCCUGCAGCUGGCAGCUGCUAGGACCAGGCGGCGGGUGCCAGGCCCUGCCCCUCCCUUGCCAACUCCGCGUCUGUGAAGGGCCACAUCAGAGUGACAGCCAGUACCAUCUCCAGCAGGGGCUGAGCUGCUGGAGCAGCGGAGAGAGCCACAGUCCCAGCCUUGCACCCCUCCAUGGGGCUGGCCAAACCCCCGAGAGGAUGGGGGCCUGGGCAGCAGGGCCAGAGCCUGGGCAGCCUAUGAGGGUGAAGCCCGAGCGCUGGAUGGCCAACACCACCGGGCUCCUCCAGGCCACCGAAGUCGCAGGCUCCAUGGGGUUGAUCCUGGCGGCCAUCGUGGAGGCAGCAGCCCUGCUGGGCAACGGCGCGCUGCUGGUGGUGGUGCUGCAUCAAGAGCCGGACUUGGGGGGGACCCUCCGCAUGCCCAAGGCCACCGGAGAGGGGGUCUGA